CAGUAGGUGGCGCAAUACACAUGUGUGUAGUCGGCCAAUAAACCUCGAAGAAGAUGCUGAUCAAGAAGCUAGUAUGAAUAAGCAAGACCUAGCAAGAAUAAUGCCGCCACUGUUUACAGAUGCUACACUAAAUGCACAUGCUUCUAUACUUAUACAUUAAAACAAUUGUACAGUUCAUCCAUUAACUUAUUCGGAGGGAAUUUUUGUUCCCGAAAAUGGCAAAUUCCUUUGCCCUUCACACUCAACUAGCCUCCAUCAUGGAGGUUUUGGCCAACGCGGCAGUGGUUGAAAUCUGCGAGCUUGUUGACAAUGGCUAUGCGGUCCUGCAUUCGGAGAUAUCUCGAGGGCAGAAGGAGAAUGAAGCUUUGAGGAGGAAACUACGGCUGAUGGACCUGAAAGUGUCUCGUGCAAGUACUCUGAGAGCGGGAAUGGGAAGCUCCAUCCUCGCGCACAGUUGCUCUCGAGCUCACCAUGACAUGGAAUCGAAAAGAACAUCAAGCUGCGAUAUUCAAUGUCUGAGAGCAGUUGAUUCCCAGUUGGUCACCAGCCUUUUUAGGGAGGGAAAGUCUUCAGGUGACACUGGACAGACUACCACACAGAGAAAGCCUGCAGCAUUCAAUGAUAUAAAGCCCAAAUCACCUACCAUCAAAGAGGAGAGGCGGGAAGAAGCCUGGGAGAAUCAUGACCAACAAGAGCGACAGAGCACCGAAGCUUUAGAUCAUGUUGAUGGAGGGGAAAUGCAUUCCAGCAUCGACACAGAGGCUGCUCAACCAAUCAGUAAACAGGAGAACGACAGAUCUUGUAUGUGGGUAGUUAUUACACUCUCACCUUUGGAGGGAAGGCAGUAUCACAUCACCAAGGAGCAGCUUGAGUUCCUCGUAGAUUGUCACAUGACCAUCAGACAAAUGGUAGAUGUUCUCAAUGUGUCGCACUCUGUGGUCAAGCGGCGCAUGAGGUGGAGGAUUGUUAUCCAUGGUGCUGUGGAUGGUUACAGCAGACUUGUUGUGUUUCUGGCCUCUGAAGUGCGAGAUCUUGAUGUGUUUGCCAGUCAGUGGAACCACCAUGGGCUGAGGACUGAACAACGGCAGUCACCUCUACAGUUGUUCGUCUCGGGUUCCCUGGCAAUGCAGAGGGCCAAUCUGACAGCAGUAAGUGAUUUGUUCGCCCCAAAUUUAACCACCAUCAGCUCUCAAGCCACCACCUCAGCUCCUCCAACCACCACCUCAGCUCCUCCAACCAACACCUCAGCUCCCCCAACCACUGGCGCUGCAGCUCUUUAUUGGUCGGAAUGGGUGAUUGUACCACAAAUCCAGUUCACCAUCAUCACACACAGAUGGAACUGUUGCGGACAAUAAUUCCAUUGGAAGGCCCCAGAGGCAGCCUGGGAGUUGACAAUCUACAGAGGGUUAUGGCAGUUAUAUCUUCAGUGCCACUCGUUCCUACUCCAACCUGACUUACUACACCCCUUUAACCCCCCUACUGGGAUGAGGGAUUGGACGCUAUAUCUUCAGCGCCUCUCGUUCCUUUGAAUCAGUUCAUUUUUAUAAUACUAUUAUACAUUUUAUAAUACUAACAUACCCCUCUUUCACACACUGUAUGAUUUGGUCUCUAGAAAGGUACGAUAGACAUCUUCAACUCUAAACAGAUGGGGACCAGAGUUUAGACACAGAUGGCCUUAACAAAAGUUAAGUACUUCCCCAUUCCAGUACAAUUUUGUUUGGUCAUAUUUGGAGAGAGUCAGGUACUGUUAAGAUAUACGGCCUAUGGUUAUUGUAUUUUUCUCUAUGGCGCUUUAGCACAACAUUCCAUCUGCUGACACUAUUUGUCUUCCACUCAGUACAACACGACCCAGGAGAGGCCUACUGCAAGCGCUGGAUUGGAGCCUUCAGAGCGUGCCUGCUGUGGGAGGACAACUGGACAUUAUUAAAACAGAACUUACAUUUUUGUAAUGCCUAAUCGGGACUUUUAUAAAUUGUUAAAAUAAAUAAUUGUGUAAAUAAUUAAAAUAUAAAAUAAUAACUCCCUAUAGAUAAUAACUCCCUAUAGUUAAAAAAAUUAACUAUGAAGAUAGUGGUUCGCCCCCGUUACAUUUGAUAUAAUUAUGAUUAACACCAACCUAUUACAGUUAGUAACAUAACAUUGUUGACACAUUGUGACAGCUCAAAUUAUGUGGUUGAAGAUGGACUAGUGCAGGCCUCUCAACCUUGUUCCUGGAGAGCUACUGUCUUGUAGGUUCACUCCGGCCCUAAUCUAGUGCACCUGAUUUUAAUAAUUACCUGCUUAAUAAGUUAAGGAGGUUAGUUACAACUGAGGUUGGAUUGAAAACCUACAGGAGGGUAGCUCUCCAGGAACAGGGUUGGAGAGCCUAGGACUAAUGGAUCUAGUUCUUAAGUCAAUGCAUUUGAAAUUCAAUAAGUCACUACGAAGGUGCAGUUCCCAGAAGUGGAGCUGUCACUUAAUGCAGUGGAUGGGAAGCCUUAUUUCAUGUAGUUCUAAUUAAAUGAUAAUGGCUGAAGUCAAUUUGUUCUUAAUGUAGGACAUCAAAUUAUCAGAUUUGGAUGAGUUGACUGCAAUAUGGCAGCAGUACUUCAGUCAAUAUCAGCAAAGGAUAUUGGUUAUUAGUAAAGUGUUUCUAAAUAAACUAAACCUUA